AAAGGGCGGCUGUUGUGCGGGUUAAUAUGGGACGGAUGAUGGCCAUAUGAAGCUGAAGGUGAUGAUUCACCGGCAGGUGAUACUGACCCAGAACUUGUACCAGAACAGGUUUCUCGGGCUUGCAGCAAUGGCCUCUCCAUCUCGUGCCUCUCAGGGCAGGCGACGAUGUAAGGAACCCAUUCGGCACAGUUUUAAUCCUGAACAGUUCCCUAAUGUGGACUUCCAGAACGCUGUACCUGAGGAGCUGGCGGCAGCGGUGCUGCGCUCCACCAGCGACACUGACCUUGUGACCUCACAUUGCCGCUCCACUCUCACCGUCAGCACCUCCAGCUACACUAUCGGUCAGACGCAGGACAUCACACUGAGCUGGGACAUCAAGGAGGAGGUGGAUGCGGGAGACUGGAUUGGCAUGUACCUUGUUGAUGAGGUUCUGUCAGAAAACUUUCUGGACUACAAAAACAGAGGCGUGAACGGCUCCCACAAAGGUCAUAUCGUCUGGAAGAUCGAGGCCAACUCCUACUUUGUAGAACCGGAGACUAAGGUCUGUUUUAAAUAUUAUCAUGGAGUGAGCGGAGCCCUGCGAGCCACCACCCCAUGUGUGACCGUAAAGAACCCCUCUGCACCAGUAUUUAAGCCGGUGACCACAGACGACGUACCUCAGAGCCAAGGCAGGAGAAGACUCAUCAGCUUCUCUCUGUCAGAUUUCCAGGCCACAGGGCUGAAGAAAGGCAUGUUCUUCAACCCUGACCCGUACCUGAAGAUAGCCAUCCACCCAGGCAAGCACAGCAUCUUUCCUGCCCUGCCUCACCACGGCCAGGAGAAGAGAUCAGGCAUCGUCUGCAAUACCAUUAAUCCUGUUUGGCAGAGGGAGCGCUUUAAUUUUGUGUCUCUGCCCACGGAUGUGUUGGAAAUCGAGGUGAAGGACAAGUUUGCCAAAAGCCGCCCCAUUAUAAAGCGUUUCCUGGGCAAGCUGUCCAUGCCGGUGCAAAGAUUACUGGAGAAGCAUGCCAUCGGAGACCGAGUGGUCAGCUACACACUGGGACGGAGGCUUCCAACAGAGCAUGUCAGUGGUCAGUUGCAGUUCAGGUUUGAGAUCACCUCUUCCAUCCACCCAGAUGAUGAGGACAUGUCUCUUAGCACAGAACAGCCAGCGGUGGGCGCAGAAGCUCAAGGCCAACCUCAGGCCGAAGACACCAUGAGCUUGGACCAGGGUGCCCCAGAGCUGCCUUUGGAUGGAGACACCGCUUCUGUAGAAAUGCAUAUGGAUGUUGAUUCUGGGCCUGACUGUGCUGCUGAGCCAGAGACUAUAGAGGCAGAGACAUUAGAGGCAGAGCAGCAGAUGCAUCCAGAUGUGCAGGAGCAACAGGAGGAUACAUUCGAGAGCCAUGAUACUGUGGAAGAACAUGGAGCUUCAGAACAAAUGGAGGAGGUUGAGACAAACAUAGAGGUAGAAGAGAGCAACCACGAGGAGGCAGAGACUCCUAGUGCCUUUGUUGAAGGGCCAGUAGACCCUUCAGAAACUGCAGGGGUAUUGGAAGUUGAGGAAACCAGGGACCCUCAACCGAUCCCAGAAGAGGCGGAGAUGGAUCUAGAGGAAGGCUGUUCGCUAAGAAUCAGAACCACACCGCGACGGAAACCCCGGCCUUGCUCUCUUCCCGUUUCAGAGCUCGAAACGGUCAUCGCUUCCACCUGCGGAGAACCGGAGACUCCGCGCUCCCAUUACAUUCGAAUCCACCAUCUUCUGCAUAGCCUGCCAUCUACCCUGCCCGAACUGGGAGACCAAGGGGAUUCAGCCAGGCCCGAGUCCGAUCGACCACAGGAAGUUGAGGAGGAAGACAAUGAAGAGGGUACCACACUAGAACCUCACGCUUUAACUCCCAACGGUCCACGCAGGACGCUGCCUCGCAGUCACUCACACGAACGCCUGUCCGAACUCAUUCAGAUGCUUGACGGAGAUGGGCGGCCAUUCGGAGCUGAGGGCCAGGUCAAAGGUCAAAGGUCAUCGGGGGAGAGUGAGUGUGACUCAAGCACGGUUCCCUGCUGCAGUCAUAUGGCACAGAGGACCGUGGGCCCCAUGCGGGCACCGUCCCUAGAUAGCGCCCGCAGGUUGGAGAGCAUAGUGUAUUCCUCACAGGAUGAUGAUGAUGAGGAUGAGAUGGACCGGGUGAACGGGAUACUAGGAUUGGAGGCAGAGUGCGGACAGGGAGCUAAGUGUCGGGAGCCUGGUGAUGGAAGCUGUCAGUGGGAGGAGGCACCUGAUAGUCAUGUCCAAAGCCCACACAGCGUUAUGGAUAAUGGAGAAUCACCUGUACCUGGACCAAGCAGCAGAAGAGAGUGUCCUUUGCCUUGUAAUCAUCCUGCAGUCAGCCAGCUACCUGCUCUGCGGCCGGAUCCUCAUCACUAUCCCACCAUUGAUGAGCCUCUGCCUCCGAACUGGGAGGCCCGUAUCGACAGUCAUGGUCGUGUGUUCUACGUGGACCACAUUAACCGGACAACCACUUGGCAACGGCCCACGUCUGCAGCCACGCCGGAUGGCCUGCGCAGGUCUGGUUCUGUCCAGCAAAUGGAGCAGCUCAACAGGAGGUAUCAGACCAUCCAGAGGACGAUGGCCACAGAGAGGCGAGAUGAGGAUUCAGGCAGCCCUCGAAAUGAAAGGGCAGCCAACACUGAGACUGACUCACCACCACAAACAAAUGAGUUGAGGAGAGACACUCCGUGUUCUCCUGGUCACUGUCAGAAGAUCACAUUACUGUUGCAGAGUCCAGCGGUUAAAUUCAUCACUCACCCAGAGUUCUUCACUGUGCUCCAUGCUAAUUACGGUGCGUAUCGUAUGUUCACCAAUAGCUCGUGUCUGAAACACAUGAUUCUAAAGAUCAGGCGUGAUGCACGCAACUUUGAGCGCUACCAGCACAACCGUGACCUGGUGACCUUCUUGAAUCGUUUUGCUGAUGCUCAAUUGGAGCUGCCGCGGGGAUGGGAGAUCAAAACGGACCCACAGGGGAAGUCAUUCUUUGUAGAUCAUAACAGUCGUGCCACAACCUUCAUUGAUCCCAGGAUCCCUUUGCAAAACGGCAGACUGCCCAACCACCUGACACACCGGCAGCACCUGCAGAGAUUACGCAGCUACAGCGCAGGAGAGGCAUCAGAGGUGUCACGCACCCGUGGCGUGUCUUUGUUAGCCAGACCAGGAAACAGUCUGGUUGCAGCCAUACGAAGCCAAGGCCAGCAGGAGCCGGUUCCAUUAGCAUACAAUGAUAGGAUUGUAGCUUUUCUACGGCAACCCAACAUCUUUGAGGUGCUACAAGAGCGACAGCCAAGCUUGGCGAGGAACCACUCACUCAAGGAGAAGGUGCUCCAUAUUCGAACUGAAGGCACACAAAGACUGGAGAAGCUGUCUUGUGAUGCUGACCUGGUCAUACUGUUAAGUUUGUUUGAGGAGGAGAUCAUGUCAUAUGUGCCUCUCGCAUCAUUUCACCCUGGGUUUAACUUCUCGCCACGCUGCUCCCCUGGUUCCUCUCCCCAGAACUCUCCAGGAUUCCUUGAGAGAACUCCACUAGUUCCAGCCUGCUGUCUAUCUGGUGAGAGUUUGCCAGGAACACAGAGAGCUCGAGCACCAGCACCCUACCGCAGAGACUUUGAAGCCAAACUUCGCAACUUCUACAGGAAACUUGAGGCAAAGGGCUAUGGGCAAGGCCCAGGGAAGAUCAAACUGAUUGUCAGAAGAGAUCAUCUGUUAGAAGGAACAUUUAACCAGGUCAUGGCAUAUUCACGUAAAGAGCUUCAGAGAAACAAGCUGUACAUCACCUUUGUUGGAGAGGAAGGACUGGACUACAGUGGACCUUCGAGAGAGUUUUUCUUCCUGCUGUCUCAGGAGCUGUUUAACCCAUACUACGGCCUGUUUGAAUACUCCGCUAAUGACACAUACACUGUGCAGAUCAGCCCCAUGUCUGCGUUUGUUGAAAACCAUUUGGAAUGGUUCCGUUUCAGUGGUCGAAUUCUCGGCCUGGCAUUGAUUCAUCAGUAUUUGUUGGACGUCUUCUUCACCCGCCCAUUUUACAAAGCACUCCUCAGACUAGCCACAGAUCUCAGUGACCUUGAGUACCUGGAUGAGGAGUUCCACCAGAGCUUACAGUGGAUGAAGGACAAUGACAUCACAGAUGUGCUGGAUCUCACCUUCACUGUCAAUGAGGAAGUGUUUGGCCAGGUAACAGAGCGAGAGCUGAAGUCUGGCGGGACAAAUGUGCAGGUGACCGAAAAGAAUAAGAAGGAAUAUAUCGAGCGGAUGGUGAAGUGGAGAGUGGAGAGAGGUGUGGUGCAGCAGACACAAGCUCUGGUCAGAGGAUUUUACGAGGUGGUAGACUCUCGUCUCGUGUCAGUGUUUGAUGCCAGAGAGCUGGAGUUGGUUAUAGCUGGAACAGCAGAGAUUGAUUUGAAUGACUGGAGAAACAACACAGAGUACAGAGGAGGUUAUCAUGAUGGGCACAUUGUCAUCCGGUGGUUCUGGGGUGCAGUAGAGCGCUUCAAUAACGAGCAGAAACUGCGCCUGCUGCAGUUUGUGACGGGCACCUCCAGCGUGCCAUACGAGGGCUUCACCGCCUUGCGUGGGAGCAACGGCCUGCGACGCUUCUGCAUCGAGAAAUGGGGCAAGAUCACGUCUCUCCCGAGGGCGCACACAUGCUUUAAUCGGCUGGAUCUUCCUCCGUAUCCAUCCUACACUAUGUUGUACGAGAAACUUCUAAUCGCUGUGGAAGAGACCAGCACUUUUGGCCUUGAAUGAGGACUUUACACAAAACACAUUUCUUCUCGUGACACACUGUUUCUAAUAAUUAUCUAAUAGCGUGCCGUGGACUGUGUCCUUUGUUCGUUUCUUUCAUUCGUUCAGGACACUUCUGCAUGCAUAACUCACCUGUGCAGGUGUACAGCGUGUAACGGGUUUGUACAAAUGAAGCUGUGUAUGCAAUAGUGAAAGAGAAGCCUUCAACCUGCUUUAACACUCAGGGCCUGACCUCAACUGGAGUCUUUUUUCUGUUCGCACAUGAUCAUUUCAGCACCGAACGUCAUGGAUUCACUCACGGCCAGCUGUGUUUUCUGUUGUUGCAGUUAUAAAAUGUUGAGAAUUGUAAAGUUAAAGUUUUGUAAAGUUUUGGGAUAGUUCACCCAAAAAUUUUAAUUCUGUCAUAAUUUACUCACCCUCCUGUCGUUCCAAACCAGUAUGACAUUUUGUCUUCUUCUGUGGAACACAAAAGGAUAUGUUUGGUGAAAUGACAACCUCGCCAUUCACUUAUAUCGUAUGCAAAAAUAAAUAAGUAAAGAUAUAAUGAACGUGAAUAGAGACUUAUGUGCUCCACAGAAUAAGAAAAUGUCAUACAGGUUUGGAAUGAUAUGAGGGUGAGAAAAUGAAGUCAUCAUUGUUAUUUAAGGGUGAACCGUUUCUUUGUAAACCAAAAUUGGUGCACUGACACAAUUUGCUUGAGGAAGCAGGUGGCGUAUUUACUGUAAAUUUGUGCACUAGUGCAAAGUUCCCAUAAUCUCACCAAACACCACUAUGAACACUGAGGGUGACCGCAUCAUCACAGGGAAUGACAAAACAAACUCAUGUCACUUUGCAGGAGUCAAUGGAGGAUUGUAAUAGAAAGACUGGCAAGCAUUAGUUUGACACUUUAUUUAUCAUGUACUAAUCAAUGGAUUCUUGUUUUAAACCUCAAUUAUCAUAAUAAUCAUAAUUCCUAUGAAAGCGUUAAAAACAAGGGAUGGAAACUGUCAGCUUAACAGGGUGUUAAUGGCGUCAUGCUCAUGUGUUGUUCAUGAUGUUUGAUUAAUUGUUGACUGAUGGUAGUUUUCCAUCCAUUCAUAUUUUUGAUGCUUAGGUGUGUUCAAAAACAGUGUCCCACGUCCUCACCUGCCACAGUGGUAGGACAAUUAAAGAUUCCUUUAUAAAAAUCCUGAGCAACGCAACAAAAUCACAGCCAAUUAGAACAUAUGUUGAAUAUACGUUCAGCUGAGCAUAGAAAGAUGAAAUGCCGUGUCACUUGUCGCAAUUGUGACUAGAUUGGAUGGGAUCGCAUUUAUUGCUUCUCGACAGUGUAAAUUGGAUUGCAGACAGGAAAUCAUUCGUUUCCAGAGGAAGUUUGUGAUUUCAAUUAACGUAAAUGAUAAUGACCUUCGCUAAUGCGUUGUUAGCAUGUCCUGUGACAUGAGAGUUUAACAGUUUAUAUGAUCUCUCAGAUGCCGUUGGCAUUAUGGGAAGUUAAAGGGAUGGUUCACAAAAAAAUGAAAAUUCUCUCAUCAUUUACUCACCCUCAUAUCACCCCAGAUGUGUAUGACUAUACGGGCCAUUAUUGCAGUGAUUAAUGACUAGCUCUAGAUGGACCAUUCAGUUUUGUGCCUGGAGUUAAGAGGUUGUUUUAAACAUGUGCUCACUAAAAAUAAAGACUAAAUGACCUUCACUGAAUUACAGGAAACACCACUUGAGGAUUGUUAAGUUUUCAGUAAAAAAAGAAAAGGAAUCACUGUUAUCGAGUGUUUUUGUCUUGUUUUCCAUUUAAAAAUAUCGAACAAUCCUUAAAACAAGAUACAUUUACCUGAGAAGCAACAUGUAAGAUAUUUCUUGAAUACAAGUGUUUUUUAUAUAUAAGUGUAUUUUUUCAUUUUUUAUAUAUUUUUGCCGGUGCUUCAAGACAAAAUACCCUUAAAUUAGAAAUGAUAUUCAACUUUCUCUGAAAACACAUUUUAAAACUUCUACAGUAGGCUAUAGCUUCUCAAGUAAAUGUACCUUGUUUUAAAGGAAUUUUAGGAAUUUAUAUGGGAAAACAAGCCAAGAAAGACAGUUUGUUGUCGUGUACAAUGAGCUACCCUCUCUCACCUUUUUGUUCACUUGAUUUCAAUGUAUAUGUAACUCACAAAAUCAAACACUCUCUUUUUAAUAGAGCACUCAUAAGCUUCUCCUUCCACCUUCAGGUCUGGGAGGAUAAUUUAUGUUAAAAAAAAGGCCUUAAAUAUUUAUCUGUUUCUUACCCACACCUAUCAUAUCACUUCUGAAGACUUGGAUUUAACCACUGGAGUCGUGUGGUUUACUUUUAUGCUGCCUUUCAAAUUUUGGACCCUGUUGACUUUCAUUGUGCGGACCUACAGAGUUGAGAUAUUCUUAAAAUCUUUGUUUGUGUUCAGCUGAAGAAAGAAAGUCGUGCACAUCUGGUAUGGCAUGAGGGUGAGCAAAUGAUGAGGGAAUUUUCAUUUUUGGGUGAACUAUCCUUUCAAUAGAAACUAUGAGAAAGUAAAUUUGAUUCAUAUUAGUAAAAAGAAAACUGAUUUGUUACCAAAAUGGACAGAUUUUCAAAACCUAUGGCCAGUUGUGCGGCCAACCAAAAACUUCAGGCACAGACUUGUUGCUCGUCUCUUAAAAAUGAAUGACUUCCGAUUGCUGCAAUUUGUUGUCAGUGAGAACACACCACAAGAAUUUAAGUUACUUCAAACGUGCCCUAAUUUGCACCCAUUUCUGCAAUGUUUGUGAAAUAUGUUUUUAUGACUUGUAAUGAAGAUGGUGAUGAGAGGAUUUUAAGAAAUGUCACACAUAGUUAUAUUGUGCACGCAGUUCUGUGUUUCAGCUAUUUGUGUGUGUUAUGAGGAGAGAAAGGAUAGUGAGAUAUUAUGGGAUAGUUUCAAAGUAUUUAUUUAUUCAAAAAGGAAAUUGCCUCAAAAGUUCGUAAACUUUUUCUGAAAUGUAAGAGUGGUAAGAGUGUGAGUCGGUUUAUUGAUGGCUGUAUUACUGUGCAGACGUUUUCAUCAUUGUUCAUGUUUACAUUUUCAAAUGACGUGGCGUGAAUUAUUAUACAUGAAGAUCGUCAUGAAUUGUCUUAACAUGAUGCCACUUUAAAUGUGCAUGUGUUUUGUGUAUUCUCAAACUUGGAGUGCAGAACUAAAUUAAUCUUUUUAAUUUAAUUUUGUAGUAUUGCCUUAAAAGGCAUUGGUUAGUCCAACAAUGCAAAUUGGCCUCAUUUAGUCACCCUCUUUUGUUCCAAAUGUAGCACAGUAGUUUGAAUUUGCGGAAGUGUGGAUAUGUUUUUAAGAGCUAUUUAUGAGGAGAAGAUUUUCAGUGAAUAUUCUUAAAAUUCAGUCUUUUCCUAACACAAAGCUAACGAAUGGCUCCAGAAGACUUGUAAAAUAGGGCACAGGUUGGAUAGGCAUCUUAAUUAUACUUUUAUGAAGCUUUAUGGCAUCUAUUCCCAAUCACUUUUAUUGUUUAUAAAAGAAGAGCUUUAAAGUGCGACUCCUAUUGUGUUCAACAGAAGCCAGAAAGUCAUAUGGGUUUGGAAUGACAUGUGGGUGAGUAAAUGAUGUCAGAAAUUACAUUUUUUGGUGAACUUUUCCUUUAAUGAACUGAAAGAAAGAAUGGCUUGAUUGUUUCAAUAGAAACAAUAACAAAAUGUGAUUUAAUUCUGCUUAAAAUAUUAAGAAUGUAGAGAAAAGGCAUUUGUAUGACCAAUCCCUAUUUAGAAAUUAUAAAAAUGUAUAUCAAAUGUGUACAUAAUUGCUAAAACAGCCUAUCUAUGUAAGAUCCUAAAUUUAAAAGUGUGACGCAUCAGUUCAAAAACAAACAGUUCCUCUUUUUCUUUUUUUUUUUUUUUAAACGUGUCUUCAUAUUACUAUUUAUGUAAUCAUAGUCCAAAAAGGUAUGUAUGAAAUUUAUAUAACUUUAUUAUAAAAAAUGUGACAUUGUUGCCAGACUUUAUCAAAACCUUUUACACUCGCAGCGCUCUGGGAAUGUGACAAAUUAAGAGACAGUUCUGGAACAUUACUGCCUAUUUCAAAACAUCUAAAUGUGCUUUAAGAACUUGGCUUUCUGGGAGAUACUGAAAGAUUUGGCUCCUGCUUCCACACCAGGCACAUACACUAAUCUGCAUGUGUCUUUUAACACUUUAAUCAAUGUCUAUGAAAGAAAAUAUGGGGACAUGUACAAAUGUUUUGAAUUGUGCAUAUAGUCUGAGCUCUGUAUAUAUAGCAUCACACUGUUAACGAAUGUCAAUAAACCACUUUCU